AUGGUGAGGCCCGGGCCUGGCUGCGCUCGGGGCCAAAAGACUCGACACGAUCGGCCGUGGGUGGGCCUCAGUGCCCAUCACCAGUGCUGACAUGUUGCCGAGGGGCAGGCUGUGUGGAGGUCUCUGUGACCUUGACAGGGGCGGCUCUGCAGGUGUUGGGGAGGAACUGGUAGAGAUGGUGACUAAGGAAAGCAAGGACCUGGGGGUGUGGGCGUCGGCAGUCGGGAGGAGCCCGGCGUUUGUGCGCUGAUGUGACAAGGAAUGAAAAGCCCCCUCCUCACCCAGUGAUGGGGCUCUGGACCCCAGCAGGUUUGGGACCAGAAGCUGGCAGAAGCAGCUGCCAGCCAGCGCCCCCGCCCCACCCCUGUGCACCUUUUCCCGCGUCUGCCUGUCAGGGUCUCCUGGGGUUCUCUGUGUCAGAAGAAGCUGGGAGACUGUAGAAAGCCUGAAGACCCCAAAGGACCCCACCCUCAUACCGGGGCCGUGGGGCACCAGCAGAGACCUGGACAGAUAUCCUUCCGUCCUGGUUCCAGGAAGGCCUGGGCAGGGGUCACAUGGUGGGUGACGCCCGAGGGGUCCCUGAGCACCUGGCCCAGCACAGAGAGGGGCAGCGGGUCUCAGGGAGCCAGGCCCGCAGCUGGAGAGGAGGAAGCAGAGAAGCAGCAGUUUCUCAGUGAUUCCGCCGGAGGGCAUCGGACACACAUGGACAGGCAGGAGCCCCAUAUUCUGGGGAGGACGGGAGCCCCCAAGCCCGGAGGGUGACCUGCAUGCCAAGCGCCGCCCCUGCGCCAUGGACCGCGGCCAGCCCAGCCCGGAGCCCGCGGCAGCGGACCCCGUCGCCCCCCGCCCGAGCGUGAUCGCGCCCGUGCGCGCCGUGGUCUGCCUGCGCCGCCGCGUGCGCCUCCUGCGCAAGCGGUGCCUCCCGCCUCCGGCCGUGAGGGUGGACUCCGAGCCCCGGGCGCCGCGAGCGGACCCGGACCAGCCGCAGUUUUUCACCUUCGACGGCCCGGCGGAGCUGCCUUCGAGGCGGCCGCGAAAGAAGCGCCGGCGCAGCCGCGUGGUGCUCUACCCCGAGACGUCGCGCAAGUACCGGCCGCGCGCGGAGCGCCGGAGCCGCGCGCAGCGUUGCCUGUUGCUGCUUGUGGCCAUCGUGGGCUUCCAGGUGCUCAACGCCAUCGAGAACCUGGACGACAACGCGCAGCGCUAUGACCUUGACGGGCUGGAGAAGGCGCUGCAGCGGGCCGUGUUCGGCCAGCCGGCGGCCGUGCGGCGCGUCGUGGCGCUGCUGCGGGACUACCUGGCCACGCACGUGCACAGCCGCCCGCUGCUCCUGGCGCUGCAUGGGCCCAGCGGCGUGGGCAAGAGCCAUGUGGGCCGCCUGCUGGCGCGCCACUUCCGCGCGGUGCUCGAGGACGGCGCGCUCGUGCUGCAGUACCACGCGCGGCACCACUGCCCCGAGCCGCGCGCCGCGGAGGACUGCCGCCAGGAGCUGGCGCGGCGUGUGGCCGACGUGGUGGCGCGGGCCGAGGCGGAGGAGAAGACCCCGCUCCUGGUGCUGGACGACGUGGAGCUCCUGCCGCCGGCGCUGCUGGACGAGCUGCACGGCUUCCUGCAGCCGCAGCGCUCGCACCACUUCCACAACGCCAUCUACGUGCUUCUCAGCGGCAACGGCGGCGAGGAGGUCACGCGCUUCGUGCUGCAGAACGCGUCCCGCACGCUGGCCCUGUGCCCAGACGGCGCCCACGGGGCCGGGGCCGCGGCGGUGGCGGCACAGGCCGAGGAGGAGCUGCGCGCCAGCCUGAGGGCGCUCCUGGUGCGCGACCACCCGCUGUGGCAGGCCGCGGCCAUCGUGCCCUUCCUGCUGCUGGACAAGGGGGAUGUGGUCAACUGCUUCCGGGACGAGAUGGCCGGGGAGGGCUUCUUCCCGGAGCAGGCCCGCGCCGAGCUCCUGGCCGCGCAGCUCAGCUACUACCGCGUGGCUGGCCGCGAGUUCGCCGUCACUGGCUGCAAGCAGGUGGUGGCCACGGUGAACCUCUUGUAGCGCGGGCGCCGCCGGACGCAGUGGACGCCCACGGGCACGACGGGACGUUGGUGUGAUAGUGGCAGUUGGAGGGAGGGGACCCUGUGGAUUUGCCCCAGGCCUCUAAGCCCCGAAUAAAUAUGUCCAUGGCCCUCCGCCGGUUCACACUGGGACCUGGGGGGACCGUUGGGGCUGGGUCAGCUCUGAGCUCCUCUGCCAAUUCCAACCCCCCUCAGAGCCCCAAUCUGCCACCUGCUGGUCCUUAAUUCAGCCUGCAUUCUUCAGCGCCAGUAUGUCCCACAGGGCUGGCUCCUCAGGAGUGGGUAGGUCUGUCCCCGUGGGACAGAGGAUAGAUGACGGCAGAGCGGGUGAGCAGACCCCAGGGACACAUAGCUGGUCCCCUGCAGAGUCGGAUAUGACCACGACUCGUUCGGGUGCCUGCAGCAGCCGAACACAAACUUGCUCACCCCGGGGGCCUAAAGUCCUGGAUGCUUCUCCACUGCAAGAAUCCCGUGGGUCUGCAUGGAUUUCUCAUGGCAUCUUGGGCCCAGGAGCUCCCCGGGAGGCAAAGGGAUGGGUGGGGGGCUCCACCCAAUGAGCUGGUCCAGUGGAAUCCCCUAAAUGUUCCGGAAGGGGGACUCUCUCAGGGUGACAGCAGUAGGAGGUGGGUCCAAGUCGGGGUCCCUGACCUCCUGGAUCCCCCUGCGCUGCCCACCAACCUGCUCCAGGGUGCUGAACUCGGGGGAGGCCUGUGAGUCGGGAUGCCUCAGACCGCAGAGGUCCACUGCUUCCCAGGCCUGGGGUGGGGCCUCAUGCUUGCCAUCCUGGCUUCUCCCCAACCCUGGCUCUGCAGGCUCAUGUCUCCCCGAGCAGGACUGCAGGAGCCAUGCUGGCUGCCUGGGGCGGGUGAGCGCC